AUGGAAGGUGAAGCAACCAAGGUCAACAUUACCGAGACACCAAAGGAAAGAAAGGGAAAGGCGCCGCUUUUAACAACACCAAAAGCCGCCUCAGGAUUCAUGAAACGUUUUGUUCAUCAUAAGGGUACUACUCCAAAAGGCGGGUACAAAAGAGGCCUAGCCAUAUUCGAUGUUAUACUAAGACUAGCUGGCAUUGCUACUGCUUUAGCUGCCGCGAUAGCUAUGGGUUCCACGGAACAAACACUCCCUUUUUUCACUCAGUUCUUUCAAUUCAAAGCUGAGUUCGAUGAUUUACCUGUUUUUACGUUUUUUGUGAUCGCUAACGCCAUCACUGCUGCCUACCUUGCUCUCACGAUCCCUAUCUCUAUAGUUUGCAUUAUCCGGCCACACUUAGUUGCUCCAAGGGUUCUCCUCAUCAUCCUUGACACUGUUAUGGCUGCUUUGACCACAGCGGCAGCUGGUGGAGCUGCAUCCAUCGUCUACUUGGCCCAUAACGGAAACUCAGAUGCAAACUGGCCGGCCAUUUGUCAGCAAUUCAAUGAUUUCUGUCAAGAAAUCAGUGGAGCAGUGGUUGCUUCUUUUCUAACGGUUGUUGUCCUUAUGUUCUUGGUGACCUUGUCAGCAUUCGCUCUUUAA